AUGUCACAUCAUUUUGAACAGCGAUACGAUACCACCGACGAAAAGUUGGUAAUUGAGAGAUGUGAGCAAAUGAAGGCCGGCCUGGGCGUCAAUAGAGCCACCAAGAACAUGGCCAGUCCCCUCGGACGGUUUUCCCUGGGUGCAGGAUGGCUAAUGCACUGGCUGUACCUCCAUGACACAAGUCUGACGGGUAACAUGCGGACCAUUGUUCCUGUCGCAGGCUUCGUGGCUCUUGUGGGAGUUGCAUUUUUCAUCAGCAAGGCUGUUGUUCCCAAGCCAAUCGUCUUUUCGGAACCCAACUCGCAUGUUACCAUCAACUACUACCGGUUUUUGUUUGUGGUUCUCUCUACUCGGCUUUACAUCAAUGGCAAGUUUGGUCUCUCUUCUGACGGGGCUGUGGACUACACUGUACUGGGUCUGAAGAUAGCUAUUCUGAUUGCCUCCCAGUUUUGGGCUACUCUCAUUACGAAGCGACUCCGAUAUUUGCCUGGUUUUGGUCUUCCACAGGUCUUCUCCAAGAAGACCCUUGACCGGUUUGGCAGCAUGAUUUUCACGAAAUACGUGGAUGUGGGUCUGGGAGUCGCCUGGGCCUUCCCCCUUUCCUACGUCGCUCUAUACGCCAUCGUUCAACCUAAAGACGACGGCUUUGAGCUUUUGGGUUGGCCAUUGAAAGCCCUGGGACUCUACGUUAUGGCCCAGGUCUACGGAGUGCACCACAAGAUGGCCAUUCCUUACUUUGCCUACUUCCAUCCCGUCGAGAGCUUACGGUUCAUGGAGUACGGUAUCGACGUCACCACAGAGCAGGGCAAGCUUGCUCUCCAGAGACGGCUGGGAUUGUAA